CCCCACGAGACCUUAGAAAGAGUCUGUGUGAAUAGAGAAUAUGGCAGAAGGGACUCCGAUUGGGGAGGAUGGAUCUCUUGGACUCCGAUUCCCGGCCUGGAGUGACAUCGUCCAAGAGAUAUUCCCCACCGUCCCGCUCCACAGAGGUCCGCCGUUGCCUCCCCCUGGUGCUCUGAGACUCACGCUUCCUGUUUCUCUCUUGCGGCCUGAUGGUCGCUUCACGGCCGUCGACGAUGAACUCAUGACCGUUCUGCAGAACGGUGAGCACACGGGGGGGAUGAAAAGCACGGAAGACGCCAGUUCUGCAUCAUGGCUGUUGUCCCCCUAUCUGUGUGUGUUCGUGCAUGCAGCGCCAGACGAGUUGCUGGAGGGCGUCGUGACAUGUCCCCUCACUCUUCAGCCCAUCCGGGUGCCCGCCUCCACCCCGUCAGGCAAGACAUACGAGCACUCGGCCAUCACACAGCACAUUCGGACAAACACCUUCCGAGCACGGUCGCCCCAGACCAACAGCCUCUUGCUUGAGGGCGACCUGCGGCCAAACCACGUGGCCGUCGAGAUCAACGAACUUCGGGCGAAACAGGUGAGGAUGUCACUGGGGGCGGGUGAUGAUGUAUUUGCCAAUCCGUGUGUGUGCGCCGCGCCGCGCUCGUGUGUGUCUGUGUGUCAGAUUGUCCGUGACCAGGACGCUGCUCUAGGUGGGAGUGGUAAUGUGGGAGCCUCGAGGUCUUCGCUGGCUGGUGCGCAUCAACACGCAAUUGUGAAGUCGCUCUCUGUGUGUGUUGUCAAUGGGCUGAUGUGUGUGUCUGGGUGCAGGUGUCCCAUCGGUGCUGCGUGAGUACUGGGAGGCUUACAAGGCCGCUGCUGUCAGUGCUAUUGCCGGCAGCAUCGCCCUCGAGCCGUCCCGCACCCUUCUGCAACUGGUGAGGGCAGGCGAACGUAUUAAGUGGAUGUACUCAUUUCACCGCGUGUUGUUCGUUCGUUGUGCGAAUGCAGCUGCGUGGAGACCCGUCGAGCACCAUGGAGCUGAUGGUGUGGCACAAGCAGCAGGUCACCGACAAAGAGGUAUGUCUUCAUGACACCAAACAGAGCAUCCACCUCCACCCAUGGCUGCUGGCCUUACUUACCGGCAGGAGUUGAACACCUCCUAUCCCGUGCAGCUGCGCCCCGCCGUGCAGACCCAGCUCGUGACAUGGCUGACGGCACCACCCACACCCACUCCCACUCCCACACCCACUCAGGACACCCCCCCUCCCUCCCCUCACUCCCAGCCCACCAGCAGCCGCAACGCCUCACGCAAGAUACUCAACCGCGCGGCAACCACCGCUCCCAGUGCAACCACGCAGCAUCGCACCAACUCGUCUCGGCGAAUCCAGAAUGCCAAACUGCCCGCUCACUCGUCGUUCGGGCAGGGCGGCAAGGGAGCGCCGGUCAUCACUAGUCUGCCGCACCAGCUGCUCGUGGAUGGCGUGACGGCCAUACUGGGGCGGCUGUUCGGGUGACGGAUGGGGCGGGAGGGGGAGAGGGGAGGUUUGCUGGAUUGUGCCUUAUGUGUAUAGUAAUACUCGGAGCGGAAGGAUGUUUUUUCGGUUCUCUCUUUUGCUUUUUAUGCCGUAAUUCGCGAGAGGGAGGCGUCUUUCCACGUGUAUAGUCCUCCGGGACAGGGUGCGGUGAGUGAGUGGAUGGAUGGGUGGGGAGGGGUCGUGCACGUGUGUGUGGAGACUUCCAAUCAAAUCAACACGUGUCUUUUUCCAGCACCGGUGGGAAUGGGAGGCAUUCGGCGUUUUGAUGAUCCGCCGCUGGAUGGCGAGAAAGGUCGGGUUUGCGGCCAUCCGACGGGUCCUGCUUCGCUGUGCCCUCUCCGUUGCUUCCUGGCGGAGAGGACAAGGCUGAGGGGGAGCUGCGGGAUGGCUGCAAACCUGACAGACAGACAGACAGACAGACACAGAGAGAGCGCGCGAGGCGGGGAGACCACAGAGAAUGUACAAAGCACUUGGCUGGAUGUGUACACACACAUGAACCUGUCUGUCUGGUCUGGGACCUCCACACAUCGGUGCACACUCCGCCCUUUCCGUUGCUGCUCCUGACGGAGAGGACACGGUGUGUGCGACGAGUGGCAGGAUGGCCGCGAACGGACUCGCAGGCAGGCAGAGGGGAGAUAGCGAGCACAUACGAGUCACAUGCACGGAUUGGUUGGGUACUGAGCUUGCGGCCGUCACAACGCCCUUCUCCACGCUUUUUCUUUCCGCUGCUCCUGGCGGAGGGGAGACGCGUGAAGGACGGGAGUGAGAUUGCCGCAAGCCUGACCCGUAGAGAGAGAGAGAGAGAGAGAGAGAGCAAGGCAGGGAGACCACAGAGGAGUGGAGGGAGAAGAGGAGGAGACCACAGAGGAUGGAUGUACAGCGUACCUGUACGCUGCGUACACCUGUCUGUGUACCAUACGUGGAAAGCAAUGCAUGGACUCACCGUCGGCUGACUGAGAUAAUGGAUGGGCUCAGAGGCGCCCUGUGUAUAUCGAUAACAUACAUAACUAGCCCAACGACUGCUUCACUGAUGGACGGUCACGAUGGACACUGGGAGGGAAGGGGUCGAGGGGGGAGGGGCGGUGAGGGCUGCCAUGGCGCCGCUGCAGUGCCAUCCAUGUGUUCUUGCCUUGCUGCCUGGAUGGUUCAGUGGACGGGUGCUUAUGUACUAUAUGACGUGUGGAUGGACACACAGGUAUCUAUCGGGGUGGGCGGACUCUGUAUGUUUCGACUCAUCAAAUCCUCAAUGUGUGUGUAC